CAACCCCUUCUCCUACUAUAUUUUGACAAUAUAGGGUGCUCUUCCCUCAUAUAUUCACUAUUUGCAAGAUCUGAGCCCGCUAUCGUCCUCUCUCACAACACAGAUCCUCGUGGAUCUUGGGGCGUACGAGGUACCUCGGCGGCAUAGCUGAUUAAAACUUUUGGGAGACGCUACCACAGCUUCAUUUUCACCACCCCCGAAGAAUUUCUAACCCGGUAGGGGAUCUAUCUUCAAGAUGGCAGCUAUCCGAGGUGCCAUGCGCACGAAUUUGCGCCAAUUGACCUCGAGCUCUCGGCCCAGAGCUCCCUUAUCCAGAGGAUCACGGGCGUGGGCUAGUAACCAGUGCCCACUCUCUGUGACAACCACAGCCUCUGCUGGUCUCCGAACCUACUACAAAAGCUCACCUGAGGACCCAGCAUACCGGGCAGUAUCACCAAAGGAGGAACGUGAUGUCUUUGCACCACUUGACUCUUUUGCCAGGAGGCAUAUCGGACCUACCCCGUCGGCGACUGAGGCGAUGCUCAAGGUUCUGAACCCACCCGUAAAGAGCCUUGAUGAGUUCGUAGAGUCAGUGGUACCGUCGUCUAUCCUUACUGCGAAGGAACUGAAGAUCGAUGGCCCAAGCAAGGGCGUCAUGGUGGAUAACCUUCCUAUCAAUGAGGAAGGGUACUCCGAGUCGCAACUCACCACACGCCUUAAAUCAAUCGCCUCGAAGAACAAGAUCCUUCGCAGCUACAUCGGCUGCGGAUAUGCUGGAACGAGGACUCCAGAAGUUAUCAAGCGUAAUGUCUUGGAAAGCCCAGGGUGGUAUACUAGCUACACGCCAUACCAGCCCGAGAUCAGCCAAGGCCGUCUCGAGUCGCUUCUCAACUUCCAGACCAUGGUAUCUGACCUCACCGCGUUGCCUAUUGCGAACGCUUCAUUGUUGGAUGAGCCAACUGCCGCAGCUGAGGCCAUGACAUUGUCCAUGAACAUGCUUCCAGCCUCGAAGCAGAAGAGAGCAAACAAGACCUUCUUCGUUAGUCACCUUGUGAACCCACAGACCGUCUCCGUUCUGCAGAGCAGAGCCGAUGGUUUCGGUAUCAAAAUCGAGACCGGAGACGUGCUGAAAGAUGGCAGCGCGCGUGUCAACGAGCUUGGAGAUGACCUCGUUGGUGUUCUGGUUCAAUAUCCUGAUACUGAAGGUGGAGUUGAGGACUUCAAAGCCUUGGCAGACAUCGUCCACGGACACGGAUCCACACUCAGUGUAGCAACGGACUUGCUCGCCCUUACUGUUCUCACCCCGCCCGGAGAGUUUGGCGCAGACAUCGCUUUCGGAAAUGCGCAACGCUUUGGUGUCCCAUUCGGAUAUGGUGGACCUCACGCGGCAUUCUUCUCCGUCUCUGAGAAGUACAAGCGCAAGAUCCCCGGCCGCCUCAUUGGCGUGUCGAAGGACAGACUCGGCGACCGCGCACUGAGAUUGGCUCUCCAGACUCGUGAGCAGCACAUCAGACGUGAGAAGGCCACGAGCAAUGUCUGCACAGCUCAGGCCCUCUUGGCCAACAUGAGUGCCUUCUACGCCGUUUACCACGGUCCAAAGGGCCUCAAGGCUAUCGCUGAGAGGACCAUUGCUUGCACUAGAAUCCUCGAGGAGGGCAUCAAGAGACUUGGCUUCGAGACGGGGUCAAGAGGCAAGGAUGACGAGGGCAGGGCGCUGUUCGACACUAUUACUGUCAAUGUUGGCAACGGAAAGGCUCAAGAGGUACUCUCAUGGGCAGUCAAGGAGCGUGGGAUUAACUUGAGAAUGUUCGAUGAGAGCCGUAUUGGAAUCACCCUGGAUGAGACUAUCGAGGGGCACGAUCUCGAAGACCUCCUCUCCAUCUUCACCCAGUUUGCGCCAAAGAAGGCAGAUAUCCAGCUUUCCCAAAUCGGCAAGGAGCUCAACGGCACGACUGCUAAGACCUCAAAGCCGCUCAUCCGCACAUCGGAGUAUCUCACCCACCCAGUCUUCAAUUCUCACCACUCUGAGACCGAGCUUCUGCGCUACAUCAACCACCUCCAGUCGAAGGAUCUCUCGCUGACCCACUCUAUGAUUCCCCUCGGCUCUUGCACCAUGAAGCUUAACUCCACCACGGAGAUGAUCCCCGUCACCUGGCCCGAAUUCUCAUCCAUCCACCCAUUCGCCCCCGUCGACCAAGCCACGGGGUACAAGACUCUUAUCGAUGAGCUCGAGUCGGACCUCGCCACCAUCACCGGUUUCGACGCCGUCUCUCUUCAGCCCAACUCCGGAGCACAGGGCGAGUUCGCCGGUCUCCGUGUCAUCCGCAAGUUCCACGAGCAGCAGGGCGGCGCCAAGCGCGAUAUCUGCCUCAUCCCCGUCUCCGCGCACGGCACCAACCCCGCCUCGGCUGCGAUGGCAGGCAUGCGCGUUGUGACGAUCAAGUGUGAUACCAAGACCGGUAACCUGGACAUGGCCGACUUGAAGGCUAAGUGCGAGAAGCACAGCGCCCAGCUCGGGGCUAUCAUGAUCACAUACCCUAGCACCUUCGGUGUCUUCGAGCCCGAGGUCAAGGCGGCAUGUGAGCUGGUCCACCAGCACGGCGGACAGGUCUACAUGGAUGGCGCCAACAUGAACGCCCAGAUCGGUCUUUGCUCUCCCGGGGAGAUCGGCGCUGACGUCUGCCAUCUUAACCUGCACAAGACUUUCUGUAUUCCCCACGGCGGUGGUGGACCGGGUGUCGGCCCCAUCGGUGUGAAGUCGCACCUCGCACCCUUCCUGCCCGGCCACCCUCUCAUUGCCACCGGCGGUGAGCACGCCAUCGCGCCCGUCAGCGGCGCCCCCUGGGGUAGCGCAAGCAUCCUGCCCAUCUCCUGGUCUUACGUCAAGAUGAUGGGCGGCCGCGGUCUGACGCACGCCACCAAGAUCACUCUCCUGAACGCCAACUACCUGAUGUCGCGUCUGCGUGAUCACUACCCGAUCCUGUACACCAACGACGCAGGACGCUGCGCUCACGAGUUCAUCCUUGACGUUCGCGGCUUCAAGGAGACGGCUGGAAUUGAGGCUAUCGACAUUGCCAAGCGUCUGCAGGACUUUGGGUUCCACGCGCCGACGAUGAGCUGGCCCGUGGCGAACACUCUCAUGAUUGAGCCGACGGAGUCGGAGAGCCAGGAGGAGCUGGACCGCUUUGCGGUCGCGCUCAUUGCGAUUCGCGGGGAGAUUAAGGAUGUGGAGGAGGGCCGUGUGGCCAAGGGGGAGAAUGUCCUGACGAUGUCGCCGCAUACGCAGAGGGAUUUGCUUGUGGGCGAGUGGAACAGGAGUUACACACGCGAGCAGGCUGCGUACCCAGCAGAGUGGUUGAAGGAGAAGAAGUUCUGGCCUACUGUGACGAGGUUGGAUGAUUCAUACGGAGACUUGAACCUUUUCUGCACUUGCAGCCCCGUCGACUCUAUUGAGUAAGGCGUGCGCCUCUUCUUUUAGCACGACGUAAUGUACUCAACACGAGCAUUAGACGGGCGUUUUUCGGAUUUACUGAGCCAGCGUUUUAACCACGCACGCGGCGUCUUUGGGUAGGGAGAAUAAUUCCAGGAUAGGAAAAAGGAGUAGGGCUUCAACCGCCAUUUUACUAUGUUUGUUUAUGGGGGGAAAUAGAUAGUGGUAGCUCGAUCCAAUAAACUGUUAGAC